AUUCUUUUUUAUCCAUGACAUUUCUAUGAUAUUGUUAACACACAUUUUUAUUUGUGCAUAUAUUUUGUCGUUAUUUCAUAUUUUUCCCCGAGUAGCCACAAAAUCCCCAGCAAUAGUUAAAGCAUUUCAACACCAAGUGGGGCAAUCAACAUUGCAGUAGUUGAGAUGGGUUGAGACAAAUGUUUUAAAUAAUUACUUUCAAGCCUUCCAAGUUAGAAGAGGUAUACCCAUAAAGCUAGCAUCAGAUCUAGGGUGUCUAAACCGUGGCCUUUCCUGGUGCGAAAAAGCAACAUGCAAAUGAAAAACAAUUCAUAAUGAUUUCUGGUCACAUUGUAACCAUCAGCUUAGCAGCUGUGCUGGCUGCUUUCUGUUACCAACAGGGGUAUAUAGCCCUUCUGUUACACUGGAGCUUGAACAUUAUGGCUGUGCUCAGUGGAGGUGUGUUGGGUGUUGCCAUGGUGAUAUGCAGAGGAAAAAGAUACAUUCCACCUGCCCCUAAUAAAGAAACAUCAAAAGUACAUGAACUCCUUAAACAGAUGAUGUAUUCCAGAGGUAGUCAGAUGGAGACCAGGAAGAAGGUCAUUAUUUCCAGAAAUCUUGAUGUCUCCAUAGACGGCCUCCUGAAAUUGGUCAUCAGAGACUAUGUGAUGGAUUGGUACAGUGAGCUGUCUAGAGACACCACCACAUUCCCUUACAUGCUCAGACAAGACAUGUGGAAAGUGAUAGAAAACCUUUCCACCCGCCUCAGCAGGAUUGACACAUUAAAGCUGAUGACACAAGACUUUGCUGAUGCAUUGCGAAAACAUUUCCAUGAUGUUAAGGAGGUAUCUGUAAGGGAUCAAGACAGCCCAAACUCUGAGUUUAUCCUUCACCCAUGGCUUGCCAGUGAAGACACAGAGACAGAAUUUCUCAGAAAGGUAGCAGAUGUUCUUCUAAUUUACCUCCUCCCUGAUGAGUAUGCUUCCUGCCUACCUGCACGCCAUCUACUGAGAGAAAUUGUUGCUUGUAAAGUGUUAAAGCCUUCUGUGGAAUCUAUCUGUGACCCAGAUAAUAUCAACCAGACUCUGCUGAGCAAUAUAGAGUACAGGGAGACCCACAAGAAGACCUACACCUAUGCUGCCUCCUAUGAGCAGUUCAUGAAGAUGAUACAGGAGUGUGAGGAUGUGGAAAUGCUCAAGCAGAUGAGGUACAGCAUUAUGACUGAAAUAAUGCAUGCCACUGUAAUAAACAAUUUAAAGAAAGCUCAAGGCUUAGAUAUUGAGAAGGACACUGCACCAAAAGGCACAGGAAAGGGGGACCUGCUGAAAGCAAGGAAUUUGAAGCGGUAUAUAAACCAGUUGAGAACUUCUAAGAACAAAGUGGAGAAAAGAAUCCGUCAUUGUGGGGGGGAAGGGUAUGAUGGCUAUGGCUCAGAUGAAGAAGAUAGUCAGGUUCAUGGAGGAGGCAAGGUGUUUUCAUUCCAUGUUGUGAUGCAUAAUCCACAAGCUCAAGAAUACUUCAUGAAGUUUUUACGGAGAGAUGAUAACCAUUCUCUUUUGGAGUUUUGGAAUGCUGUUGAAAAAUUGAAGCAUGCAGAAAAGAAAUACCAGCACCAAAUAGGCACAGACAUCUACCACAUGUCCAUCUCCAGGCCCAGCAGUCUGGUCACUAAGCUGCUGGACAGAGGAACCAUCAAAAGGAUUGAAGGAUUUCUGCUUGGAAACAUGGGUCCAGAAGCAUUCUUCACUGCUCAAGUCCAGGUAUGGAAUGAACUGGACAGCAAUUAUUAUCCUUCAUACAUUGUGAGUGAUGUCUAUCACAAAUAUGUCAGUAAGCUGGAAGAGGAGGAGACUGAAGUGGAUGUGUCAUCACAUGAAGCUUUACCAGAUCAUCUCAUGUACAGUAUCCCAGGGUCUCCAGAAGAACAGAAGGAACCUACAUUUGGUUCUCAUGAACUGACUCAAGCACUGCACAAAAGACUGCAGAUAUUGGAUGACAAGACCAUGAAUAAGGCACAGGCUCUGCAGGCUAUGAAACACACACAGAAGAGUGAUGAUACAAAGAGGGCCAAAGUAGUAGAUGAGCUGCAGCAGGAACUUGAUGAGCUGAAAUCACAACGCAGACAGCUGGAGUUUCAUAUUGAGAAGACAGAGCUGUGGUGGGAAAAUGUUGGACGUUGGAAAGCACACAUAUACAAUGCAGAGCUGUCAAAAGAUGAAGACACUGACAAGAUGGUGCCAAAUUUUGCCAUAGUUGUAGAUCUCCAAGGUUUCCAUACCAGAGGGCGUUCAAUGCAAGACAGCACCAGUGGAUGGGUGGUAUCAAGGACACUGGAUGAAUUCCACACACUUCAUAACAAGCUUAUUAUGAUUGCAGCCUGGCUGACCAAAAAGCAGUUGCCAACCCUGAGUAAACUUCCCUUUAAAUCUGUUAACAAGGCAUUUCUGGAGAAAGCUAAGGGCACUCUAAGCACAUAUUUGACUACUGUACUAAAGGAUGAUAUGCUGUCACAAAGUGAAGCUCUUUAUGCCUUUCUGAGUCCAAGUCCUGAUUACCUCAAACAUCAUCCACCCAGGAUCAAAUCUGCAAAGUUCUCAAUUCCAAAUAUAUUCAGGGGCCUGUCAUCGUCAAAGGGAGAAAGUAGCAGUGAGGAUGAGCUGCUCCUGAUGGAUGAUGAAGGGUGGGUUUUUCUGAUGCCUCAAUUUCUUCUGUCCAUUCACAUAACAUAAAGAUUGACACAUCACUGAUGCAGGCUUUUAGUCGAUUGGAGCAAGAAAGCUUUGGGUAGAAGAUCACACAGAGAGUAGUUGCACUUGCUCCAAGUUACUUUCAGUAUGUUUUAGAUAAUUGUAAUGCACAUCUUA